AUGAGUCGUAUGCGUUCAGCCGCCAGCGUCCGCUCAAGCGCGACAGGCGCAAGCGUCAAAUCCACGCGCACAAAUCGAACUUCCGGUAAUUCAAAACCGGCUUCCGCAGUCAUUGAAUUCACGUGCGGUGCGUGCGCAAGAGAGAAAAAUAAUAUCGAGGCGACGAACUACUGUCAAGACUGCGCGGAAAACUUGUGCAUGGACUGUGUGAAGCAACACCUUAAGUUUCCGACAAUGAAUGAACACAAAAUCCUUGGAAAAGAAGCUCGUCGGAGCGGCGAUGAGGGUCCGUCGGCCCGGAAGUCGAUCCUCGAGUGCCCCGCCCACCCGGGAAAGCCGGUGGACAUGUAUUGUGCGAACCACGAUGAGGUCCGCUGCGGCGCAUGCAUUGCAGUUAACCACAGGACGUGCAUGAACGUCGCCAUGGUCCAGCAAGUCGCUAAAGGCGUUGCAAAAACAGACGAAUUCAAAGAAGUUCGAGACGGAAUGAAACAGGUCAAGAAAGAACUUACCGCUCUUAAGAAGAAGAACGAAAAAGGUUUAGCAACAGUUGAUAAACAGAAGACAGCAAUAAUGAAGAAAAUAAAAGCUAGCAGGAAAAAGCUUGAUCAGAUAUUGGAUCAACUUGAAAAGAACACGAUUGCCGAGCUUGAAAAAGCUUGUGUGCGCGGUGCUACGCAGUUAAAAGAUGAUAUUGAAGUGUAUGACGAGAUCUUAGAAAGUUUUGAAACGGUGACAGAGUUAUUUACUGCCGUUAAAAAUGAUCCAGAGGUUGAAUCAGGAGUUUAUGUUGGUAUGAAGCGAUGUAAAGAGAAAAUAAAGGAAGGAAACAGAUUAGUUGAAUUCAAGAAAGUGACAACUUUGAAUGAGCCGAUUAAGUUUAUUCCCGAUAGUAGAUUAGCUGGAUGGUUAAAGAGUUUAACUUUGUUGGGGACGUUUGAGUCUGAAAAUAAGGCGUAUAUAGGUGAAUUUCUUAAAACUGUUAACAUUCAAAUGCUAUCGGAUAUGCGGGAUAGUGAUAUAUUUGGAUGUGAUUUUUUCAAAGAUGGAAGUCUUGUCUUAUCAGACUGGGAUAACAAAAACGUCAAACUUCUUGAUGAAAACUUCGAUAUAGACGACUACAUUACCGUAGAUGGAAACCCUAAUGAUGUAUGUGUGUUAAACCCAGACGAUAUUGCAGUAACUAUGCCAAUUCAGAAGACGAUUCAGUUUAUACAAGUGAAGCCCAAGAUGGCGCUCAAACAUACAAUCAAAACAGACGACAGUUGUAGGGGGUUAGCGUCCCAUAACGGUCGUCUGUUUGUCGUCUGUGGAGGAUUUAAAGGGGAAAAGGAGGGGAAAGUUGUCGUGUUUUCUCUUACAGGGGAUCAUAUACGGACUAUUGAAAGAAAUAAUUCUGGACAACGAAUAUUUGCUUGUCCAAUAGCUGUGUGUGUAAGCUCUGAUGGGAAGCUUAUACAUGUUACAGACGGACAGAGGGGUGUCGUUACGUUAACGCAAGAAAAUGACGUCGUUUCCGUUGUUUCCGACCGAGAAACGAAAUGGCCAUGUGGAAUUUGCAUGGACAAACACGACAAUGCAUUAAUUUGCAAUGGACAGUCUAAUACCGUCAUACAAGUUUCAGGGAUAAAUAAAAUUGCUACGGUUAUACAGAAGGGAGAUAAAAUUAAGAAACCCCAUUCGAUUUGUUGCGAUCCAGCGACAAUGAAAAUGGUUUUGACAGUUAGUAAAUCAAGAGUAAUCUUUGUGUACCAACUUAAAUCUCCGACAACUAAAGAAAUUGCGGAUGGCACCACUAAUGUUGUUAUUGCAAAGGAGUGUGACAAAAAGGUGUCUCAAAAUCCGAAUAAAACAGAUGAUGUCUCAGAAACGAUCCCUCAGUCUAACGGAGAGGCCGUUAUUAUACCGGAAACUAGCGAAAUUGCCAGUCAGCAAACGGACACAGUUCUGAAAACGACGAGUGAAAGUAAUUCAACCGUACCACCAAAGCGACUGGAAAAGCAGACGACACUGCCAAAGGCGCGAAAUAGUAUUUCCGGAACUAGCUCGGAUCUGGAAACUAUAAAAGAGCGCACGAUUACACGGAGGACGGAAACGCGAACCGGACGUAGAACUGGUUCUAGGUCACGUGACCGUUCGGCCUCGCAAGAAAGCACGAUGAAAGGGAGAAAUAGCAACACAGCACGUGACGGAGCGGGAAGUCGACUUUCGUCCGUCCGUACGGCAAAAACGGAGAAGUCAGUCGGACUUAAUAAAAGAGAUUCUUUGACCCCGAGAACAAGCCGAAAUUGA